AACUUUUAGUAUUCUUCCUUCAUCCACCCCGCGAAGUUGUAAUCGAGUUAACGAGAAAAGCUGGUCUAUUCGUCUAUUUGUGUAGAACUUUCUAAAUACGAACUACCUUAUUCUCAAUUCUUAAAACAUAGUCGCUAACUACAACUCGCGAAUUUUAAAAAAAAGCGAAGAUCCCCAUACCAUGGCUACCAUAGCCCCGCCGCCUUCAAAGCGACAGCGACGCGAAGCUCUAGAGCGCACUCAGAUCCAACAAGAUGUCACACCUCCGGUCAUCGAAGCCGGUUCUUUCAAAGCGCGAUUCGUAGACAACGACGGAAACCAACUAGCCGAUACGAUAGAAGUACCCCUAGCAGACGCGACCGAGAAAAACGUGUCUUUGUUACUCAAUACUUUGUUGGGAAGGGAACGCGAAGAGUUCACGCCAUAUCGCUUUCGCAUACAUAUACCCAAUUCAGACGUGAUCGUCGAUAACUACCCGACGCCCUCGGAAUUCCUAGCAGUCCUCCGUAAACAUGGUAUCGAGAAUCCUUUCGAGACAACUAUAACCUUAGCCGCCGAGCCCCAGGCAGUAUUCAAAGUACAAGCCGUGACACGCAUGUCCAAUAGGAUACCGGGGCACGGAGAAGCCAUCUUAGCAGCGCAGUUCUCGCCUAAGACUAGCAGUCUAUUAGCUACUGGAUCCGGCGAUAACACGGCGAGAAUAUGGAAUACAGAUAGCGGGACGCCGAAGUACACCCUCAAAGGUCAUUCGGGUUGGGUCUUGGCGUUGGCCUGGAGUCCAGAUGGGCAAAAUUUGGCUACUGGUAGUAUGGACAAGACUGUUAGGAUAUGGGACGAAUCCGGGCAAUCUGUCGGCAGACCGUUUAAUGGCCAUUCUAAAUGGAUCACGAACAUCGCGUGGCAGCCAUUCCAUUUAUGGCGUGACGACACGCCGAAAUUAGCAAGCGCUAGCAAAGAUGCCACGAUUCGCGUAUGGAUCGUGAAUACCGGCAAGACAGAACAUGUUCUGUCCGGACAUAAAGGUAGUGUUAGCUGCGUUAGAUGGGGCGGGACGGAUCUUAUCUACAGUGCCAGCCAAGACAAGACUGUCAAAGUCUGGGAUGCAGUGAGUGGGACGCUGAAACAUACGUUGUCCUCGCAUGCCCAUUGGGUGAAUCACCUUGCGCUCUCUACGGAUUUUGUGCUCCGGACGGCGUUCUACGACCACACAAAAAAUGUGCCGGGGACUACGGAGGAAAAGCGGGCGAAGGCGAAAGAACGUUUUGAGAAGGCUGCAAAACAGCAAGGUAGGAUAGCCGAACGGGUUAUCUCCGCCAGCGACGACUUCACGAUGUAUCUCUGGGAUCCAGCUCAGGGGACGAAGCCUCUGGCACGUCUUUUAGGCCACCAGAAACAAGUGAAUCAUGUUUCAUUCUCCCCAGAUGGGAACUUGAUUGCUAGCGCUGGCUGGGAUAACCACAUCAAGAUAUGGGGCCGCGACGGGAAAUUUCUGACGACACUGCGAGGACAUGUUGCACCGGUAUACCAAUGUGCUUUCUCGGCCGAUUCGCGCCUUCUCUGUUCUGGGUCGAGGGAUACUACUCUGAAAGUAUGGGACAUGCGAUCUUUCAAGUUAUCGGUCGAUUUACCCGGCCAUGAAGACGAGGUGUAUGCGUUAGAUUGGUCCUUGGAUGGCCGGCUCGUUGGGUCCGGAGGAAAAGACAAAGCUGUCCGGCUCUGGCGAAAUUGAUGGGAAAAUGAAGUUUCAGAGCUGAGUCGAGAUAAGCUCAUUGUAAACUCAUUGCCGGGCUCCACCACCUUGGAAGCUGGAUCGUUCUGGACACUACGACUACAUAACGUUACAUACAGAUUCCCUCGUAGAUAUGUAAUCUAAUGGCAACUUCUCAUCAUAGUGACGGGAUGGAGCUUUAGAAAUUGGUAUACGAAACAAUACCCGAAAAAGGGUUGAAAGGAACAUGAACCACGUGUGUAACCCACAUGGGUUCAUGUAUUUAGA